ACAGGAAGUAGCUCUCUUUGGAAGCUGAAGGUCUGUAAGGUAGCCAAACUAAUCCAGAAAGACUAAACGUCAUCUAAGUAGGAGAACAGGAAUUCCUUUGCUCAGACUUCUGGGAAAUGUAGUCCGUGCGACUGUGACAUCACAGGGAGCCGACCAAGAAAUCCCCUUCCGGCGUCUAGCACUCGCAGGUACAGCUUCCUCAAAGUUUGGCGAGAGUCCUGCGCUACACAACGAGUCUCAGACAUGGAGGAAAUGCUGUCCUUCUGGGAUGUGGCUAUUGAUUUCUCUCCAGAAGAGAGGGAAUGCCUGGAGCCUGCUCAGUGGAAUUUGUACAGGGAUGUGAUGUUGGAGAAUUACAGCAACCUUGUUUUUCUUGGUCUUGCUAUGUCUAAGCCAUACCUAGUGACAUUUUUGGAGCAAAGACAAGAGCCUUCAUAUGUGAAGAGACAAGAAGCAGCCAAUGUGCAUCCAGGAAUAACCACCAAUGAUUAUAACAUUUACAAGACCAUUGAUUUUAACUCACUGUAUAUUCAACGCCAGAGAAUUCAUAAAAGGGAGAAACUCUACAAGUGUGAAGAAUGUGGUAAAGGCCUUAGUUCUCAUAAAACACUCUCCAUACACAAGAGACUUCAUACUGGAGAAAAAUCCUACAUGUGUAUAGAAUGUCAUAAGACCUUUAAUACUCGUGAAUCACUUUUUAUACACCAGAAAAAUCAUACUGAUGAAAAAUCCUACAAGUGUGAGGAAUGUGGCAAAUUAUUUUACUAUCCUUCAAUGCUGAAGCAACAUCAAAGAAUUCAUUCUGGAGAGAAACCCUACAAGUGUGAAGAAUGUGGCAAGUCCUUUUAUACUCCUUCAGUGCUGAAACAACAUCAACGAAUUCAUACUGGAGAGAAACCAUACAAGUGUAUAGAAUGUGGCAAAGCUUUUUAUGAAUCAUCAAUCCUUCAGGUACAUAAGCGAAUUCAUACUGCAGAGAAACCCUACCAGUGUGAAAAAUGUGGCAAGUGUUUUUGUUCAUCUUCAUACCUUAGACAACAUCAAAUAAUCCAUUUUGAACAAAAACCCUACAAGUGUGAAGAGUGUGGCAAGUGUUUUUGUUCAUCUUCAUCCCUUAGACGACAUCAAACAAUCCAUUCUGAAGAUAGUGCAUACAAGUGUGAAGAGUGUGGCAAACGGUUUUCCUACUUUUCACAUCUUCAAGCACAUCAGAGAGUCCACACUGGAGAGAAACCAUACAAGUGUGAGGAGUGUGGUAAAUGUUUCUCCUCGUGUUCAUCUCUUAGAAAACAUCAACCAAUCCAUUCUGAAGGGAAUCACUACAAGUGUGAAGAGUGUGGUAAGUGCUUUUCCUUAUCUUCAUCUCUUAGACGACAUCAAACAAUUCACUGGGAAGACAAUCCCUACAAGUGUGAAGUGUGUGGCAGACGUUUUUGCUCAUCUUCAUCCCUUAGAGGACAUCAAACAAUCCAUUCUGAAGACAAUCCUUAUAUGUGUAUACACUGUGGCAAACGGUUUUCCUGUUCUAGGCGUCUUCAAGAACAUCAAACAGUUCAUACUGGAGAGAAACUAUACAAGUGUGAAGUAUGUCACAAAGCCUUUUGUUAUCGAUCAGGCCUUAGGAGACACAAGAGAGUUCAUACUGGAGACAAACCCUAAAAGUCUGAAGAGUGUGAUGAUGCUUUUCCUUAUUUUUAACUUUUAGACGACAUUAAAAAAAAUUCAUUCUGAAGACAAUCCCUAAAAGUAUGGGGAAUGUGCCAAAGACUUUGCUAAUUUUUAUAUCCUUACUCAACACAUGAUAUAGUUCAUACAGGAGAGAAAUCCUACAAAUGUUUUUAGGAAGUUUACUUCUUCAAUCCUUAAAACACAUCAAAUAAUUCAUUCUGACUACAAAUUCUAUGAAUGUGUGAAGUGUGGCAAAGUCUUUGCUGAUAAUUCAGGUUUUAUCCACAUCUAAUGAAUCCAUAGUGGAGAAUAUUAAGUUAAUUAUGUUGGAAUGUCCACACGAACACCUAACUUCCAAGAGCACGAAUGCUAAGAAUUAAUGCGAGCCACAGGAAUAUGAAAAUAGAAGUCUAGCUGUAUAUAAUAAGUUGUACCUUGACGAGGCCAAGGGUCAGUCAAGUGGGAAAGCCAGUCAGCAAGGUCUAUUGGUGUUAUGUGGCUUAAUACUCAGUUGUGUCUUGCUAUGAAUUCUUUGUGCUCAUAAUUCUCCUAAAGUGUGUGUGUGUGUGUGUGUGUGUGUGUGUGUGUGUGUGUGUGUGUGUCUCCUUUUCAAAGCACCUGAAUAGUCAAGUAGACAGAACCUUCUGCCUCUGAGUGCCAGGCCCCCUCUUUUGUUUUGGGUAUCUGCCAUUUGCAAAUACCCUCCUUGAGGUACUUCCUAAGAUAAAGUCAACCCCAAACAAAGUCUUAAAAGACAAGCAAGCAACAGACAGCUACCAGAUCAUCUGUUAGCUAUCAGUACUCUUCUCCCCACCUCACCCCAUCAGGAAACUGGUGACAGAGGAAAAAGAUGACAGUUUUAACUUUUAGUGACCUACAGACUUUGCCUACCCUAUUACCUGUAAGUCUAUAGUUGAUAGAUUUAUAAUGCCUUCGCCUUACCACAAUAAGGAUAUAUUUCUAGCACUUAAAUUCCUUUUCUGAUUUAUCCCAACUGCUAACUGACUCCACUCUUAUCUCUCCCCUUUUGGGUUGCAAAUAAAAUUGCCAGGAAUCCUCUAGUGAGGACACCUACAAUCUUACGCUGUAUACAAAAUAUAAGGUGUUACUGUCUAGGAUCAGAUAUAGACCAGUCCUGAGGGAAGGGAAGGAAGGAAGGAAGGACAGACUGAAGGAUGGAGGAUUGAGGGAUUGAAGAUGGGAGAGAGCUAUGAUUGGAGAGAACUAGGAAUGGAGGGAAUGAAGAAUUGAGGGAACUAGGAAGUGAAGAUUGAAGGGUUGAAGAAUUGAGGAACUGAAGAUUAGAGGGAAUUAAGAAUUGAGGGAACAAGAAGGGAACUAAGGAAAUAGAGAUCUGAGAGAGUUGAACUGGUGACUGCAUGAUGGUAACUGAGGAAUAAAUGAAUUGAACUAAAGAGCUCCAAGCAACUGGAUUUAUUCCCACGCCAUUGGAAGUGUCUUUCCUGGACCCUGGAUUUGUAUAAAUUUAAGGCUGGACCUUGAAUAUUAUAGAACAAAGAAUGUCAUUAGAGAAGAGACUUCUCUUUGUUGUAACCCCCAACAGUUUGAUCAAGCAAUAUGUUUGAUUAAUAAGUCCCUUUCUUCUGCAACUAUAAGUAUUCCAUGAAACCUUUACCAUGUCAUAACUUUGUCCAUUGAGUGCCUGGAAUCUGAGAUUUGGGCUGUGUCAUAGUUACUGUUUUUCUCAGUGGAGUCAUCCAAGCUCCUGUAAUAUCUCCCCUAGGUGUGUAAGAAUCUCUGUCUCUCUAGCAGUAUCUAGCUCCUGAAUCCUUAUUGGUAAAAUAAAAGGAUAGAGAGUUAGUUAAAACUACAGGAAGGCUCUUCCAGUCUUAGGCCUCAGCAGCAAGACAUCAGCUGCAGAGACGCAGUCAUCAGCUGAGGCAGAGAUGUCAUCAGGUGCAGCUGCUGUGCCUCAUAUAAAAAACAACAGUGCCCAUAGAGCAAUGAUGAUGGGGAAGUUAUGAAGGAACCAAUUAUUUUCUGAUUGGAUUUAAAGCUUAUCCACAAACAGUUACUGGUGUGAUGUUAAUUUGUUGAUAUACUUUUGCUUGGCUAGGUGAUAAGCCCUAGGGAGAAUUUAAUGCUGUUAUUCUAAUAAGUGGAUACUAACUAAAUGAACCCGUUAUCUUUACACGUACAGAGUCAAUCACCUUUCAACACCCACCAGACAAUAUUAUAUGGUGUGAUAGAUGAAGUGUGGGAGCCCAAAACGCACUCAGUUUCCCAGUUUUAAUCUGAAGUCUAUUCUUAGUCAAUAGAGUUCAAGCUUGCCUGCUCCAGGGUUGUGAGAAUGUCCUGAUUAGCCCAAGGAAGGCACUCACUAUCUACCUGGAUGCAGACUGCUGAUGCCAGUCAGAGGUACAUCGAGAUAGAAAAUGAAACUGCCUGCUCCUUGACACAAGGCAGGACAGAUAGUGGUUGAAUGCCUGUGCUGUGCAUUGUUCUACCUCUGUCCUUCAAGACUGUAUAAGCUGGCUGUGAAAUAAACAAGGGACUGUCGGGCAUUGACUGGCAAUCUUCUCGACUCUG